GAGUUCCUUCAGUCCGUCCUCGGCUUUCGAGCGUUACAGUCGCGAGUUCGGAUCGAAAAGGACACUGGGCGAGUGCAGAGCGUUCAAAGUGGUACCAACAACAAAUGCCUCAGUAUUAUAGCCAAUGCUAGAAAGUGUUAGUGUUGUUUCGCUUGAUUCCAGCCAAGCCAGAAGCCACAAGCAGUGUUGUGUAAUCCAGUGAAGAUGAAUACUAUCUAUGGCCAUCACACGGAGUAUUAUUUCCUGAUUAAAUGCUGUGCUUUCAUGCGACACACUUGGCUAGUAUUGUUAGUUGACUUGGCCUAAUGGCCUUCAUGUCGCCAUCAAGUCGGAGUGACACGCCGACGGCGCUUACGCCCCUCCCACAGACAUUUAAUGCCAAUUAAAAUGUUUGCUCUUUGAUGUUUCAUUUGCAGAAUGAGUGAGGAAACCGAAUGCCAGCGAAAUCAAAAAUAAUCAAAUGAUAAAUACAAAUAUUAAACAGAUAUAAAAGCGAGAGCCCCAAAUGAACCAACGUAUUAAGAGUCCGAAGCCUUCAAGCUAAGCAAAAACGUAGUAAAUGAACAAACGAAAAAAACAAAUAUCAAAAGUCCAAAUCAAAACAAGACAAACAUCAAUGUAAAUUGGUAUGCAAAUAAACUAAACCAUAAUUGCCGAUGCAACAACAACAACAACAGAUCAAACAAUACAACAGCAACAAUAAAAACUACAAUAACAACAACAGCAACAACAAGAACAGAGUUACUGCAACAAGAACAGCAACAACAACCGCUGCUAGUAGAUAUAUAUAUAUAUAAAAAAAACCGUAAAACAUUUAUGUAAAACUUACAUACAUUUUUUGUCGAGGCACCCAAGCAAAGUAAUAUUUUGCAACGUAGACUCUUAGGCGUCGCACACAAAAAACAACCCAAGAACACAACAGCAACAUCUCAACAACAGCAACAUCUGCAACAUCAGCAACAUCUGCAACAUCAGCAACCAGAGCAACAUACAACAUCCAUCCGAAACCGCAAACAUUCAACAAUCCACCAUCGCCACCACCACGAACCACAUGAGCCUGAACAAGAUCAAGAAGCGGGACGCGAGCGACUUAUGACUGAUGCGCUCCAAGGGCAACGUCGGCGUCGGCGUUGGGGUCAACGUCGGCGUCGCCGUUGGCAGCGGCAGCCGGUACAAGGUGACGGCCCGCUGUGUGCCCGAAGUGAGCAUCACGUCGCCGACGACAGCAACCGGCUCCAUCCAGCCCAAGCACUUUGCCCUGCUCCGCAGUCGCUCGCAACCUUCGCCGCCGACGUCUAACAUCCUUUUCUCCACGCCAGGCGGGGCCACUCUGGUCGAAGAGGAGGAUUUCAGCUUGGCCAGCGGCAGUGGUACAGCGGUUAAGAACGUGCUUCAGCGCCAGCUGGCCACCACAGUUCAGCAGGAGGAUCCGGAUCUGGAGCAUUCCGCGCAGGAGCAGCACACCAAGUUGUCCGAGCCGGCGGAAGCGCCCAAUGAGCUAACGCCGUUGGUGGAGGAGCCCGCUUCUGUAGCGCCAACCACAUCGAGCCAGCGUUAUAGCCACAACUCCAAGACCACUCGCUCGUGGCCAGUCAUCUACCGGAAUCCACAUCACUGCGACUACGAGGCCUUGUACGUGCAACAGCAGCAGCAGCAACAGCAGAGCUUCAAGCAGAACUGCUACUCGAAUCAGUUUAAGCAGUCCAUCGUCUACUCCAGCAGCAAUGAGGAGUUGCCCGGCGGCGAGCCGGUAGCCUCGAGUUCCGCCGAUAACCGCCAGACGACGUGCUACUACUUUGCACCCAGCCGGCACAACAGCAUUUAUGAGCACCCCUCCUCGGUAGUUGGAGGAUCCCUGCAGUUCGAUAAUCCAACGACCACAGCAGCAGCGGCGGCGGCAGUCGAGAGCCUAAGGCGGAGCAACAGCAUCUUGUUGCGCCAGAACAGCUGCGCCAAGGUCAUUCAGCGUCGGGGCAGCGGUAGUGGUUCACCCAACUCACUGGGCUCCCAGAUGGAGGGUCUGGGAAUGGGCAUGGGCGGCAGGGGAGGCGGCAGCGCCUGUUGCUCCAGCUGCUGCAUGGGCCCGCCGCCGGUGCUCUUCCUGUUCGUCACUCUCCUGAUGACCACAAGCGCCACAGCCAUGCUGUGCGCCGCCAUCAUGACUGAUCACUGGGAGCACGUCACAUGGGAUCGCAACAGCCUUGAUCGCUACUCCAAUCGAUCGGGACUGCAUCUGGAGUGGCUUCUCGACGACCAGGUGGCUAUGCUCAAGCCGGACAAGAGGGCCGAUCAUCGCUUUCGGCGCGACUCCGUUUUCCUGGUGCCCAUGCACGGCGGCAUCUGGACACUGUGCAUUGAUCUGCCCAUUCAGCAGCUGCAGGAACUGCGACGCAAUCCCAAGUUCCCACGCGGUGCUCCGCCGUGUGUCAACUACCUGGCCGGCUCAAUGGAAAACGCACGCGGCGAGGAGCAGCGCAACGACUGGCAGCACAGUGAGUCACAGGUCACUCUGCAGCCGCAUCUGAGAAUGCAAAACCUCUCCAUAUCCUGCUCAUUGGUCUGCCUCAUCAUUCUGGGUAGUGCCGCCCUUGUGGGCGCCUUUGGCGUCUGCCAGCGCCAAAUCAGCGCCAUUUUAAUCACAGGAGUGAUGUAUUUACUGGCGGCGCUGUUUGCCCUCUUCACGCUCAUGAUCAUUCACUUCAAGCGGCAGCAGGGACGUCCCAUGCUGGACAGCGACUACGAUGGCACGGUGGACGGAAUAGUGGCGCGACCAGGAGGCGUGGCCAUAAUGGCCAAGCCGCUGCUGGGAGCGCGCAUCUUCCUCACCUCGUGGAGCCUCGACUUGGGAUGGGGCGGUGUGGUGCUCUGCGCCAUCACCUCGGUACUGUGGAUCCUGCUCUCCAAGAUCAUGCGGUACAACCCCUUCUCGGCGCUCAUGAUUUAGCUAAACGCCUUGCCGCUCGGCGUCUACGGAGCCAGCUACGGGAGUCUGGGCAGCUGUGAGAGCUACGGCAGCUACGGGAGCACCCACACCCACAGCGGCACCAGUAGUGGCGGCAGCUCCAGUUUCCUCCUGGCGGCGGUCUCGUCGACGCGGCAAGCAGAGCAUCGGGGCAAAGGAAAAUACAUCCUGUAGGCGAUGCCCCGCCUUGAUCACACUCUCUAAUAAACCGGAUGAAUAUUGACCCUUACCCAACUUAUUUGGGAUAGAGGCUUCCGAGGGUUUUACAAAUACAGUACUUGUACAACUUUUGGCUAAAUUCGCCUUAUUAAGGUUCAUUUUUGCUAUAUUAAGUUGAACUUUUUGGAAGUGCACCUACUCAUCCCUAUGUAAACCCCAUAUUAGUUAGCUAUGUAUGUUGGAAAUGUACCAAACUAAAAACUCAAUUGCCUUGUUCUUUAUAUAUACACACACAACUUAUACAACUUAAUCUUAUACUUAUUCUUAUUAUACGGUGUACUUAACUUAACCCAAUUGUAAAUUCAAUUUACACUCCCUAUUUACAAGUAAACCUUUUUGUAUACAUUCGAUUUGGCUCUAAUUCUACACGCCUCUAAACACCCCACUAAUUAAUCCUUGCUAAAAUGUGAGACAUUUAUUUACACGAGACGAGCGAAAUGGGCAUGGGAAUAGGAAUUCCAGGUGAGGCUUUGGCUUUAAAGUGCUUUCUAGUAACAGUUCGCCUGCAUAGCUUUAACCCAACCCAAAAAUAGUUAAUUGAGUGCGGCAGUUGCUUAAAUUAGAAAAACUGACUGGGGAGGGAUGAGAUACGACUAACACAAAAUCAGGUAGAAUUUAGAAAAGUGCUUGCGAUAUUCAAAACAGUUUGCUUGGCCCGUAUGAAAUCAAGAGACGCCUCAACCAAAGCUUAGCUAUCCCGAUCCAUUGCCCUCCAUCCAGUUGGUUUAGUAGAAUUCUAGGGCUUGUCAUGGAAGCAUAAUGAAUUGUAGAACUUGGCGAGUACUUAUUGAGCUCCAGAGGAACAGUUGUACGCGAAGCAUAAAGUAAUGAGAUCAUUUAGUGCUUUAGGACAAAUGGUUUACAAAACGAAUUGUACUUGUAUAGAAGCCACCACAAACCAAACAAAAUGCUAAAAGUAUAAUAAUGUAUUUUUAUGCAUAAACGCUUUGCCUUAAAACAACAAAACAAACAAGAACAACAUAUUUAAAUACAGAAAGAUAAUUUCUUUUAAAAAGUUUA